AUGCCCAAGGUUCACCUGCUGGACUAUGUCGCCGGCAACAUUCGUAGUUUGGUCAAUGCCAUCGAAAAGCUUGGGUACGAGGUCGACUGGAUCAAAUCGCCGCAGGAUGUGCCUCGAGCGGAAAAACUUGUGCUUCCCGGCGUAGGCCACUUUGGCCAUUGCCUGUCGCAGCUCUCACAGGCCGGCUACCUCCCUGCUAUUCAGAGACACAUUGAGGAGGGCAAGCCCUUCAUGGGCGUGUGCGUCGGCUUGCAGGCCCUCUUUGAGGCGUCUGCCGAGGAUCCAGAUGUCCCGGGCUUGGGCGUGAUCAAGGGGUCUCUGGGCCGAUUUGACGGCUCAACCAAGUCUGUUCCUCACAUCGGGUGGAACAGCGCAUGCGCCGACGGCCAAAGCAUGUACGACUUGCGCCCCGACUCCAAGUACUACUACGUCCACACGUACCGAAUGCCCUACGUCGCGGGCGAGCUCGAGGCCCAAGGAUGGACCGUCGCAACCGCAACCUACGGCGCGGAAACAUUCGUCGGCGCCGUGGCCAGGGGCAACGUCUACGCGACGCAGUUCCACCCCGAAAAGUCUGGAGUCGCCGGUCUGCGAACCAUACUAGCCUUCCUGACCGGCCAAGGCGCCGAAACUCUCGGUGCCCCGGCACGGCCGGCCAGCCCCCGUGCCGGCCAACUUGCCGCCCGGGACGGCCUCACCCGCCGGGUCAUCGCCUGCCUCGACGUGCGGGCCAACGACCAGGGGGACCUCGUCGUCACCAAGGGCGACCAGUACGACGUGCGCGAAAAGGACGACUCCCGCAGCGUGAGGAACCUCGGCAAGCCCGUCGACAUGGCCAAGAGAUACUACGAGGAUGGCGCCGACGAAGUCGCCUUCCUCAACAUCACCUCCUUCAGAGACUGCCCCGUGGCCGACCUCCCCAUGCUCGAGGUUCUUCGACAGACGUCGCGAACCGUCUUCGUGCCGCUCACCAUCGGCGGCGGCAUCCGCGACACGGUCGACACGGACGGCACCAAGGUGUCGGCCCUCGAGAUCGCAACCAUGUACUUCAAAUCGGGCGCCGACAAGGUCUCCAUCGGCAGCGACGCCGUCGUCGCCGCCGAGGAGUACUACUCGCUCGGCCGCCGGCUCUUCGGCAACACGGCCAUCGAGCAGAUCUCGCGGGCGUACGGGAACCAAGCCGUCGUCGUGAGCGUGGACCCCAAGCGCGUCUACGUGCCCAAGCCGGACGCCACGAGGCACCACAUCCUCCGGACCCAAGUCCCCGGGCCCAAGGGAGAGCCGUACUGCUGGUACGCCUGCACCAUCAAGGGCGGCCGCGAGGUGCGCGACAUGGACGUGGUCGAGCUGGCGCGGGCGGUCGAGGCCAUGGGCGCCGGCGAGCUCCUGCUCAACUGCAUCGACAGGGACGGCUCCAACAGCGGCUUCGACCUCGAGCUCAUCAGCCAGGUCAAGCGGGCUGUCGAGAUACCCGUCAUCGCCUCGAGCGGGGCCGGCCACCCCGCCCACUUUGCCCAAGUCUUUACCCAAACGACCACGGAUGCUGCUCUCGGCGCCGGCAUGUUCCACCGCGGCGAGUACACGGUCAGCCAGGUCAAGGAGUACUUGAAGGACAAGGGGCUGGCGGUGCGACCGGUCGAGGCCGAGGCGUCAUGA